UCAUAUUAUUAUACGAUGACGAUGAUGAAAUACUACAAUUCUUGCGAUUAAUAUUAUAUAACGUGUUCAUCAUAUUAAAGUUAACAUUACGUAGAAACUAUAGUCUGAAAUUAUAUUGAAAAAGAUUUUGUAAUGCAUUUUCGUUUAUCUCAUGCAGUUGUUUAUAAUCUCAUUGGCCGUUUUUACAAUAUCUCCAAUUUUUAUGUCUUUACAAGAAUACGCAGGAUAUGCAACCAGAAAAAUAUACACAUUUUAACUUACUUGUGGUAUCUUGGUCACAAAAGCGCAGGAUAUCGUGACCAGUAGUGGAUCGAUUUGAUAUUACAAUUAGUACACUGUAUGAAUUUUUAAUAAAGGUAACAAACUUUUUAAUGCAGCUUGCUCCACAUAUUAUAAGAUUUCCUACAUUACAAGAAAAAGAAGAAACAAUGGCAUAUUUUUUUAAAGAAAAACAGUUUCCUGGAAUUAUUGGUGCCGUGGAUGGCACGCACAUCCGAAUCGAUAAACCAACACAAGAUCAAAAUUCAUACAUUAAUAAGAAACAAUAUUUUUCAAUUCAUAUGCAAGAUGUAGUGGAAUUUCACAAAAUGAAAUUUUUAGAUGCGUUCAUUGGAUAUCCCGGAUCUGUAUACGAUGCAAGGAUUUUUCUCAUUUAUACGAAUAUCUUCAGGUUAAGAGGCUCUUAUAUAGUUGGAGAUAGUGCUUAUCCUUGUUCGGAAUACUUAAUGGUCUCAUAUAGAGAUAACGGACCUACACGAGCGCAGAGAUAUUUUAAUAAUCAAUUGAGUUCAUGCCGUGUAAUUGAAAAUGCUUUCAGCAUUUUAAAACAACGGUUUAGACAAUUAUACCAUUUUAAACUUCGAAAUAUUGUACGUAUAAUGCAAAUAAUACAUGCUUGUUGUGUUUUAUAUAAUUUAGUAAGCGCAGGCGAAAUAGAAUUAGUAAAACCUCCGCAUGAAGAUAAUUAUCCUGAUUCAGAAGCCGAGAUUAUUAGAAAUAAUAAUGAUGAAAUUAUCCCUGGGAAUGAAUGUGGCCGCAUUUUACGAGAUGAGUUAUGUCGCCAAUUAAUUGCUCGAGAUAUAUAA